CACCUUCGAAGAAGUUGCUGCAGUGCCAGCUGCAUCCUUCGCGGAAGAAGAAAAUGGGGAUCAUGAUCUCGGGUUUCAGAAGAAGGACUUCUACUUUUGGGCACCUCCACAGGUUGUAAAAAUCUAGGACAACCAACGGCUGGGCGUUGUAAUCCUAAGCUAAUCUACGAGGACAAUCAACAGCUCUUCGCUUCAGUCAUGAGCGGCGCAGAAUCUACGUCGCGGCCUGGGUCACCGGAAAAUUUUCCCGGUGGUACCACGACAAAUUCCACCACCGAAGUCAUCGACGUGGCCGCCUUGGAAGAUGAGCAAGAUGCUGCACAGCCCGUCGUGCCAGACGAAGAAGCGGAGGAUGAUAAAGACCAACAGCGCCAAACCGUCGAGCAGGUCCUUCGGAAGUGGGAAAACGACGUGAAAAAGUACGAGUCCCGGUUUCAAGCUCUGGAUAUGCAUAAAAAAAACUGCGUAAGUGUAUACUCUGUAAAUGCAGAACAUGCAACAGAGCCACACCUGUCAUGCCAGACAACCAUGAGGUCCUUUUGGCAACAUGUGUGUUUUCCGCCCAUACAAGCCAGUACGCAUGACAGGUUUAAUACUCAGUCAUGUAGAGCAAAUUUGUGAUGCUGUCAGCCAAAGAUGAUAGUUACACUAGCACAGUUUUUUUCUCGCAUACUGGAGGAACGGCGAUCGGUAGAACGCAAGAAAAACGAAGAGCAGAAACAGCGGAUUCUCGAACUAGAACGGUUCAUUGCGGAAAAUUCGAACACUGCAAAUGGAGAUGCGGACAAAGUAGAUGGCACGACACCAGCAGGAGGGGAGGAGAGAGCAAAUGAUUUCAAAUUUGUUCCUCCCCCGCGCCGAAAAGCCGGAGAAAGGAGGCAAUCGCAGCCGGCAGGUACAUCUAGGAUCUCA